CUUGAAGUUGAACUUGAAGCUGCAAAGCGCUGUCACUGUCAGAAGUUGAACAAAGAAAGCAGAGCUUAGGCGGGCUCAGGAAGGGCGUUGUUGAAAGAGGGCGCAUCAGGGAGAUAAGCUUGAGGAGCAGCAUUCUGCUGUGGUGGCAGCAAGUCAUGGCUUUGACUGCGGAGGCUGCCGUCAGUGGCAAUUUGCAACCAUUCACUGCACGCUCUUUCCAUAAAGAUGGCGCUCCGGCAGACCAUGUUGAAACUUCGCGCUUGCAUCCAGGAAGAUUGCGUGCAAGAGCAGGAUCUCCGCUUCUUUUUAGCAUUCAAAAGGUUCCUGCUGCCCCUCAGAUACACUGCUUGCAGAAAAGUGAGUCAGUCAGUGGUUUAGAUGGAUUCCCCAGCAUUUUCUUGGAGCGUUCUCACAGCCGGUGGGCUAAACGAAAAGGUAGAUGCAGAAGAGUGCGGCAACAUGCUGUUGCUAAGUGUGAAAGUGGCGGGUCGCCAGCAAGGUUUGACGUCGCUCCAAAAAUGUCCAUGAUGGACGUCUUUGAGGUGUUGGCGAAUCGACUCAUCACAAGCGCAGCCUCAAUACCACCAGGCCAGAAGUACAUGGUUGGGGUCGCUGGUUCUCCUGGCUCUGGGAAGACAACUCUAGCUCGAAGUGUGACCGCACUCAUUAACUCGAAGCAGUCUGAUCCCGACUUGGCUGUCAGCGUCCCCAUGGAUGGCUACCACCUGUACAGAAAGCAACUCGACCAGAUGCCGGAUCCAAAAGAGGCGCAUGCAAGGCGGGGCUCUCAUUGGACUUUUGAUCCAGUCGGGUUGCUAUCGACAUUGAAAACGAUUCGAGAGAAGGGGCGAGCUGCGGUUCCCAGCUUCGACCACGGGGUAGGAGAUCCAGUUGACGGGGAUAUCGAAGUAAAGCCAGAGAACCGCAUAGUGAUAGUCGAGGGCAACUACCUUCUUUUGGAUGAGGACCAUUGGAAGGACCUUCGAGACCUCUUCGACGAGACUUGGUUCCUCGAAGUUGACAUUGACAUCGCAAUGAGGCGAGUUUUAAAUAGGCACAUCAAGACCGGAAAGCCGCCCGACGUGGCUGCAUGGAGGGUUAGCUACAACGAUCGGCCCAAUGGGUUGUUGAUUGCUGAAACUGCGAGUCGAGCUGAUCUGGUGAUACCGUCUUUGGAUAUGGUGAUCGGAGAAGGUUGAGCCCCAAUGUGUCAGAUUUUAUAUGGCUGCCAUUUUUCCACCAACAGUCCGCUGAUUGCGCACGCUUGAGUCGUCGUGUUCGCCCCGCGAGUUCGGUUCGGUGUCGUGGGGGUGUCGUACCCGAAGAUGCAUUGGUGUAUGGCACUAGAAGUCAAAACAUCAAUCUCAAAUUCAUGGAAGUGAGAAGCAAAGGAAACUGAUCUGCGAAAUUGGCGUAUGGUUCCUUGCUCCAGCGAACUUUGAUACGACCGCAUGUCUCGAGGGGAAGUAUAAAAGCCUGU